CUAAAUCAUGUAAAUGGGUUAGAGCCUUUUAUAAUGACAGAGACAAAUCUUAAAGAAAGAAAAAAAAAAAGCCACCACCGGCCUACACUAAUAUAACAGCUUUAACAAAACCUGCCAAAAAAAAACAUACGUGUUAUAGCCCUCCUUUGUCAUCUUUUUCAUAAUCAUAUUAUUGAAAGAACUCCCUUUUAUUCUUUUUUGGAAAUUAAACUCUCUCCUGCCUUUCUAGAAUCCCAAACAUUUUCUACUAUUUCCACUUCUUUGCCUUAAAUAAAAAAAAUGUUCCACCUUGUUCAUGAAAUUCCAUAUUUCUCCUCCAUUUCCUUCCACAUUUGUCAAAAAAUAACGACUCUAAAUUCGUCAAACCACAAGCUGAACCUUCUUCUUUAUCUUCCUCCACUUCUAGACUAAUAAAUAAAAACAGUAACUUUCAUUUCAACUAAAAUAAUUUUCAAUUCGUUGAAUAUUCAAAUGUGGGUCCUACUACGUACUACUACCCAAAAUUAGCUCCCCCAUUAAAAUAAAAGUCAGAUCCCUUGUCAUAUUAUUUUUUUGUUAUUAUCUCAGCAAAAACAUUAACAAUGGCGGCUAAUGAAGUUGAAAAUGGGAUGAAAAUAAGGGAGGGUUAUGGUGUGAUAAGGAACAGGUUAAAGAGUAUGAAGAAACAGAAGAUUUUGCCAAGAUUUGGGUGUUUAAGAUUAGAUGAUGAAUCUCCAACCGUUGAUAAGAAGAUUGAUGAUGGAGGUAUUGAUAUGGUGUCUGCUGGUGCACUGAAUGAUCGAUGUGAUCCUACUCAUUUGAUUGUUAUGGUUAAUGGUAUUAUUGGCAGUUCACAGGAUUGGAGAUAUGCUGCAAAGCAGUUUCUCAAGACACAUCCCCAACAAGUUCUUGUUCAUUGCAGUGAAAAGAAUACUGCAACCUUAACAUUUGAUGGAAUUGACGUAAUGGGAGAACGGCUAGCAGACGAGGUUAUAUCAGUCGUUCAGCGUUAUCCAAAUCUAUGCAAGAUUUCAUUCAUUGGUCAUUCUUUAGGUGGUUUGAUUGCAAGAUAUGCAAUUGCCCUGCUUUUUGGAAGAGAUUAUAUGAAUAGAGUAUCGAAAAUAGAUGGAGAAACUGGAAGCAAUGGAUGUGCAAAAGUAUUACAUGAAGAUAAUUAUAUUGGCAAGAUUGCUGGUCUACAACCAGUGAAUUUUAUUACAUUCGCGACACCACAUCUCGGUUCAAGGGGACACAAUCAGGUUCCAAUGUUCUGUGGCUUCCAUGCAUUAGAAUUAAUAGCACGCCACGGAUCAUGGUUUCUAGGGAGAACAGGGAGGCAUCUGUUUUUGACUGACAAAGAUAAAGGAAAGACCCCUCUUCUUCUUCGGAUGGUGAAUGAUUGUGAAGGUCUUCCGUUCAUGUCUGCCUUGCAAUGUUUUAAUCGCCGUGUUGCCUAUGCAAAUGUGCGCUUUGAUCAGCUUGUUGGAUGGUGCACUUCCUCAAUCCGACACGAAACUGAGCUCACAAAGGGGAGAUAUAAAGCAAAAAAUGAUAGAUAUCGACAUAUUGUAAAUGUGGACAAUGGAGUACUUGCUGCUUCGCAACGAGUCUCCACUUUGGAAUCCAUAAUGCAUGCCUGGAAAAAUUUGAGGACGCGAGAUAUGGUGGAAGAAAUGAUGAAGGGGCUUACAGCAGUUAGUUGGGAAAGAGUUGAUGUUAAAUUUGGUGGUGGUAAACACAGAUUGAUUGCUCAUAAUUCAAUUCAGGUGCAAACUUAUUGCGUGCAUUCAUCAGGCGCUGAUGUUAUACAACAUAUGAUUGACAAUUUUGUCCUGUAAAACUUGUAGAGGUCUCUAGCCUAAUUAAGCCUAACCAAAAAAUAAUUGAAAAAGGUGAUAUACAAGAAUUGUACAUAUUUAUUCGUUGAGAUAUAAUUUUGAUCUUUAGUUUUCUCUUACUUUAACAGUGCUAAUUGUCUGUCUCCUUCCUUGCUCCCUGCCAAAUUGUAUCAACUUAUAGCCGAUAGUGAAAAGAUGGAAAGGAUUUUACUCC